UGAUAAGUGUUUCGCUUUUACCCGAACUUCUGAAAACGCUGUAAUUCAUAAUGGUCUGCUGCGAAGUACGCGUAUCGCCUAGAAAUAUCAUGGCAAAGCGCGUAUUUGCUGCUCUCUUGGCAUUCGUCCUAAUUGUUCAAGAAAUUUCGGCUAUCGAGGAGCUUUCGCGGCACAAGCGCGCUGCAAUCGACGACGCGAUGGAUGGAUGUUUCUACUGCUGGACGAAGGACAUAUUCCAUGCUGACAAAAAGACCGCCACAAAUUGUGGAAAGGUUGAAAAAUACAAAGGGAAAAAGGAUGGAAAAGAUGCAGAAUGUUCCAAACGGUUUAAAGAUUGUUGCAAGAAGGGCGAUGGGAAGAAAUGUCACUCGCAUCCAUGUAUCUCGUUUGAAUAGUCAACUGCUUAUUUUGUGACCUUGUAGUGUGUAUAUUUGUCCAAUAGAAGUA